AUGCCUGACCCAAAGCGAUGGGGUAACCAGCGCGUCGGCGCCGUUCUGGCCUUCGCGUCGGUUGCGGCCUUAGUGCUAGUCUGCGGUCAGCGGAGUCCUCUGGGCUUGGUAGUGGCCCCCUUGGGUGGUACUGGUUCCCCUGUUUCCCCAGGCCCACGACCUUCUAGGUGGAGUUGGUCCGACAUCGAGCCGAGCCGGACGCUAGAAUGGCAUGGCUGCUUCGAAGAUGGGCAACAUGACUGCGCCAGAUUGGACGCUGCUGAUCUGAUCAAGGUGCCGAUGGACUGGCAAGACCCUUGGGGUGAGCGGAGGGUUGUGUUGGCGAUUGCUCGAAUACGUGCCACGGAUAAAACUGAUUACCGAGGGCCCGUCAUCUUUAACCCCGGUGAGUGUGGUCAUUGCGAAACCACGGCAAGCUGCUUCAACAGAUUGUUGGUGAGAAUCAUCUACGAUCCUCGCGGUGGUCAGUCAAAUCCCUGUUCCAAUUUCUCAAUUCCAAGGGACCUAACAUUGUCAGUCGGCGCAUCCACGCCCCGCCAUCAGUGCUGGGAAACCCCCGAGCAAGAAAAGUCAUGGAAUCUCCGCGACCCCGGCGUCUUUGACUCUCAUGCCGGCAUCAUCUCGGAUCUCCAUGUUCGUGCCACUGCCUACUCCCAGGCCUGCGAGCGCGCCAUGAACGACUCGGAACUUCUGCGGCAUUCCGGCUCCGUCUCCGCCGCCCGUGACCUGCUCGAGAUUGUGAAUCAGGGAUCCCACGAGAAUCUCAAGUAUUGGGGCUUCAGCUACGGAACCAUCCUCGGCGGCGUUUUCGCUGCCAUGUACCCUGACCGCGUAGAGAGGCUGGUCAGCGACGGCAACGUCGACUACGAAGAGUGGUUCAACACGAAGCACCUCAACUUUGUGCACGACACGGAAAAGGUCGUCGAGGCUUUUUACGACUCCUGUCACCAGGCGGGGCCCGCCAAGUGCGCGUUCUACGAGGACACGCCGCACCGCAUCAAGGAACGGCUCGACCGUCUCUUCGCGGCCGUCAAGCGGCACCCCGUCAUCAUCUCGCCCAGCGACGAGGGCCCUGCCGUCCCGGAGCUCGUGACGUGGUCGGAGCUCAAGCGUCUCCUCUUCUCGGCGCUGUACCAGCCCCAGGCGCAGUUUGCCGGCUUUGCGCGCAUCGCUGCGGCGCUCGAGAAGGGCGAUGCACGACCAUUUUAUAAGCACUAUCAGCCGGAACAGCCCUCUUCGGCGCCUAUAUGUGCUGGCGCGCCAGUCUCUCCCUUUGAGCCGCUGCCGGAUGUCACGGAGGGGACGUCUGAUACCUUCCCAGCAGUGAGGUGCGCGGAUCGCAACCUUCAUGGGCACAACGCCACGAUGGACCAGAUCCUAGAGGAAGCGAACGCGAUGCUCGGAAUAAGCCCGGCGACUGGGGCUGUCAAUGCAUUGCACUCUAUGGUCUGCCUCGGGCGAACGGCCAAGCCAAAGUGGCGAUUCCAAGGUCCCUUUACAGGGAAAACGAAGCAUCCCAUUCUCUACAUUGCCAACAUGGCCGAUAACACGACACCCCUCAUCAGCGCGCGGAACAACUCGGCUGGGUUCCCGGGCUCCGUGGUGCUGGUGCAGAAUUCGUACGGCCACACAUCGCUUGCGGCGCCUUCGAACUGUACACGAUCGUAUAUCAACACGUACUUUCAGGAGGGGACGCUACCGAGUCCGGGCACGGAAUGUGACGAGCCGUUUCUGCCAUUCGAGGAGGCGACGUCGCCUUCCCCGUGGGUAUUUCAGCCUCUGCUGAAAGCUUGA